UAUUGACAUGAGUGGCAUUGGGCGGCAUAAGUCUGGCAAGACCAAAAUCUGAUAUUUUGGGACUGAGGCCUUUGUCGAGCAGGAUGUUACAUGCCUUGAUUUCUAUAUGCACUAUUGUGGAAAAACUUAAUCAUGAAGAAAAACAAGCCCACGAGCUACUCAUAUGCAGAUUUUCCAACUUGUUCGCCAUAAAAUCAAGGUCACUGUUUCUCUGCAUAAAAUAUACAACACAUAAGUUAAAAUAUACAAAACAGUUCCUAGACGUGCACAACGCCGCCCGUGCACAAGUCGGUGUGCCACCCCUUAAAUGGAACACCACCCUUGCGACGUUCGCGCAAAACUUGGCCGACAAAGUCAAGCAAACAUCUGAUGACCUGGUGAGGUCCGGUAGCCCUUACGGCGAGAACAAGGCCGCCGGCUACGACGCUUUUACGGCGGUUGAUGCGGUUAACCAGUUGGUGGAGGAGAAAAAGAACUAUGAUCAUAAUUCAAAUGUUUGUUUGAAGGGUAAAGAAUGUAAACAUUAUAAACAGGUGGUUUGGAAGGACAGUUUAUCUGUUGGGUGUGCUAGUAUUAUAUUUGGUGCUGGUUGGCCUUUUGUUGUUUGUAAAUAUUAUCCACCUGGCAACGUUCCUGGUAAAUUGCCUUAUUAAUAAUUGGAUCAGACUGGACUGGACUCAGCCUCCAGCCUAAAAUUACAAUUUUUGGGUGACCUACAAUUACCCAAAAAAUUUAAUUUUAGUUAGAAUGUGAUUUUAGUUAGUUUUGGAUCAUAAUGUAGUUCAUCUCC